AUGAACGACAGUCAUGAUGGCAGCGAUGAUGCUCAUCUGGAGCCGAUUAUGUCACAGGGAGGCUAUGAUAUGGAUGGAGAAAAUGGUGGGAUGGGCUCUCCAGACAUGGAGGAAGAAAAGCAUUCUGAUGAGCCUCUGAGAGAGCAGGAUCGUUUCCUACCAAUAGCUAAUGUUGCACGAAUCAUGAAGAAAGCUGUUCCAACAACAGGAAAGAUUGCCAAGGAUGCUAAAGAAUGUGUCCAAGAGUGUGUUUCUGAGUUCAUCAGUUUUAUCACAAGCGAAGCUAGUGAGCGUUGUCACCAAGAGAAGAGAAAGACCAUCAACGGUGAGGACAUUCUGUUCGCCAUGUCUACAUUAGGAUUUGACAACUAUGUAGAACCUCUCAAACUGUACUUGCAGAAAUACAGAGAGUGUUCCAAAGGAGAGAAGAGUAUGAACAGUCUGCAAGGCCCAGAUGGCAGUGAUGACAUCUCAGAAGAUAUGAUGGCACGUUCAUUUCCUGAAGCACUGAUGGUAACUGACCAGAAUGGACAGCAGAAUGUCAUAUACACAAACUAUACACAAGGCCAGAUACCCCAACAGUUGAAUUUUCAGUAG